AUGGCCCUCCGGCAACCGGAGCUGCCUCGCCCCGUGCUCCGCUGGCUGCUGAGCCUCGGCCUCUCCGUCAGCCCACGGAACUACCGCAGGGAUUUCUCCAACGGGUACCUGGUGGCGGAGAUCCUGUCUCGCCGCUUCCCCGCCCACGUCCGGCCCGACGCUUACACGAACGGCUGCUCGCUGGCCACCAAGCUGAGCAACUGGUCCCGGCUGCGGCGGUUUUUGGCAAAGCAAGAGUUCGACAUCACACAGGAGCUGAUAGACGGAACGAUUCACUGUAAGCCCGGAGCGGCAGAGCGCCUGCUGCGAGAGCUCUGCUCCGCGCUGACCAGCAGCCGAAUUGGAAGUCUUCAAGAGAGGCAGAUUGACUUAACAGACUGCUGUUACCAGACACAGCUACCAGUAGCUGCCAGAGCAACAGCUUCCACAGCCAUCAAGAGUAACAUCAGGUUGACAGAGAUGCUGGUAGAACCCAGCAUCUGCACCAAUAGACAGAAGGCCAUUACCAUCAUUAACAUGCACAUAGGAAUGAGGAUGCAAGAGAGGGCAGAGAAUCCACGACGGUUUAACAUUAAACCAAGUUUUGGACAGCGUGUGGUUCACCAUUUGGAUUGCAUCAUACCCUCUACGAACACAGCUAGUAUCCCAAAGCAGCAUUUGUUACCUCAUGUAAGUUUCUUUCCCUCUUAA